AUGUCUCACAGAAGCUUUGCCUUUACCCCAACAGCCCUGCGCUCUUUGGAACAAGACCAAGAUUUGCUGGAGAGACAGAGGAACCAGAGGAAACUCAAAGAGCCUACGCUUACUGGCUACCUUCUGAGAAAGGAGGCUCGGGAUAGAGCUAUACACUCCAGAAAAAGCCCAGAGGAACCACCACCCCUGGUUUGCACUGAUUUGGUAAUACAGAAUGCACUGUACACAGGAGAUUUAGAGACCAUUAAGCAGUUCUUUCCCAAAGGCUCACCAGCCAAGCUGGUCAUCCAACCUGAAGGAGGUGCCAUGCGCUGGGUCUCUGAUGGGAAGGUGAAAGGACUGUGGUCGCUGACCUACGAGCAGGAACUGACCACCCCUCUGCACAUCACAGCGGGCCGAGGCUUCACCGAUUGCCUUAGACACCUGCUUUUUAGAGGUGCAAAUGUGGAUUUUUCACCUGGAGGCACCACAGCACUGCACGAGGCAUGCCAGGAAUGCCAUCCAGACUGUGUUAAGCUUCUGCUGCAGUACGGUGCCAAUGCAAAUGCUGUCACUGAGGAUGGACUAAUGCCCCUGCACGUCUGUACAGAGCCAGAAUCACUGGAGUGUGCCAAACACCUCAUCCAGUUUGGAGCUGUUAUAAACGGGCGCAGCAUAGACGAAAAUGACACUCCACUUCACGUAGCGGCCCGUCAUGGCCUUCCAGCUCAUGUGGAUCUAUACUUGCGGCACGGUGCCGAUCUCGAACGGCAGAACGAUGAAGGACAAACACCAUUAAAUGCUGCAUGUUCACAGCCUCACAAUCACGCUGACUUGGAGAACUAUGCCCAUGUGUGCCAAAUGCUGGUGGAUGCUGGUGCGGAUGUGGGCACAGGCGAUGCAGACAAGCACACUCCGCUGCACAUGGCAUGCAAGAAUGCCAACACUGCCAUAGUAGAACUGUUAUUGCAGCAUGGAGCCGCUGUCAAUGACAUGGACUAUGGUGGUGAGGCACCAAUGCAUAAUAUUUUGAAGAUUGUGGCCUAUAAGUUGGAGCAUGAACCAGAGAGGAUCGUGCAGGCGUUGCUCAAUUAUGGAUCGAUCAGAGUGUGGCCGGGAGCACUACCGAAAGUUCUGAAGUACUGCUGUAUGUCACCACGUACAAUCGAAGUGCUGCUGAAUGCAUAUGGCUGCCUUAAAAUUAAUGAUCAGUGGGUGGAGGCUGUUCCUCCAGAGGUGUUCCAGAAACAACCUGAAUUUUUUGAGUCAGUAUUCGCCCUGGCCAACACUCCUCGUUCUCUUCAGCAUCUGGCCCGUCACAAAAUACGAACCUAUCUAGAAGGCCGCAUACACAAGGUGGUUCCCAAACUGGUCCUGCCCACAUUUCUGAAGGACUACCUGCUGCUGAAGUUUCGAGGCUAUAUUCACUAAAGGCACUUCAGAGAUUUAGACUUUCCUCAGAAUCC